AUGUCCAGGUCCCUUCGCCGGCGGCCUUGCCGCCCGCCACCCGAUGAACACGGAGAGGAGCCUGGCUCACCAGAGUUCUGGUACAAGCUUGUAGUCAGCAUAGGUCUUGUGCUCGCCGGAGGUGUCUUUGCUGGCCUCACGCUCGGUCUAAUGGGUCUCGACGAACUGCAUCUCCGUGUCCUCUCCGCGUCUUCAGAGAACCCGAAAGAACGAAAGAACGCUCAGAAGGUCCUCCGCCUCCUUUCCCGUGGGCGUCAUUGGGUUCUCGUCGUCCUCCUGCUGGGUAACGUGAUUGUGAACGAAAGUCUGCCCAUCUUCCUCGACAGUGCCCUAGGCGGCGGUAUUGCCGCAGUCGUAAUCUCGACCGCAAUGAUUGGUGUAAUCAUCCCCCAGGCGGCAAGUGUUCGAUACGGACUGUCCAUAGGAGCGUCUUGCGCGCCCAUUGUGCUCGCCAUGAUGUAUAUCUUCGCUCCCAUUGCAUGGCCAGUCGCAAAGCUACUCGACUAUGUUCUCGGGAGGGACGAAGGUCAUACAUACAAGAAAGCGGAGCUCAAGUCAUUCCUCGCCUUCCACCGCCAGGGUGAAGAGCCGCUGCGUGACGACGAGAUAAGCAUCUUGAACGGAGUGCUUGAACUCAACAAUAAGAAGGUGGAGCAGAUCAUGACCCCCCUGGAGGACGUAGUCACCAUAAGCUCCGAUCGCAUUUUAGAUCAUCCUACCGUCGACUACCUCUUGCGCAGUGGAUAUUCUCGAAUCCCAGUGCACAAACCUGGUCAUCCGCUCGCUUUUAUCGGUAUCCUCCUCGUGAAAACGCUAUCGGUGUACGACCCCUCAAGUCCUUCCCCGCUGUCCGAGCUCCCGCUGUCCAUCUUGCCAGAAGCACCGCCUACCAUCAACUGCUUCCAAGCACUCGAUUACUUCCAAACAGGUCGCGCCCAUCUCCUGCUACUCAGCCGCACUCCCGGAAUCGAGGGAGGUGCAAUCGGCCUCAUUACGCUUGAGGACAUCAUCGAGGAAAUCAUUUCUGAGGAGAUUGUAGACGAAACCGAUCGGUAUGAAGACAACGUCUCUAAGCGCCGCGCUUCCCGCCGGAAGAAUGCCAAAGUCAUGAAAGGGAUUGUUGAAUACCGCGUUGGACGCGCCAACUCCCUCCCCGAGAUCGGAGACCGCACGCCUUUGCUUGGCAGCCGCUCUGCCAUCCAACUUCCGUCAGAACCCCAGCCCAUCGACCGCCGAGAUGACAGUAAUCGACCGCUACGUCCCGGUUCCCUCUUGAUCCCCAGUACGGUAGCAUGA